UUUUCAUGUAGAUGAGUUAAGUGUUUGCUCACGCUAAUGAGGGACUUUCGUAAGUGUGAACUUUCAGAGUGAUUUUUCGUUAUUGCUUUUUGGUUGCAACAUUGGUAGCAACCAUUGGUUUUCAAAUUGAACGCGAGAGAGAAAAAAAUGCAUGUCGCAGCUGCUACAGGCACCAGCACCUUCUUAAGAACAUUUAAGAAUAGAAGCACCAACACAGGUUUUGCGGCCACACAGCGGCGCUGCAGUCGAAGUCUCGUGGCGCGAGACCACCGCGGGAGCAGCGACGUCAAUGGCACCGUGGCGCCCUCGUUGGCGGCCGGCGCGGCGCGCCGGAGUCGAGGAGCAGACGGCGGCCCUUGAGGAGGUUGUGAGGAGCGUGCGGCGCAGUCUCGGUUUAAGCCUGCCGCCGGUGGGUCGUGCUUAGUCUCGUGGUGUUAGUUCACCUUCCGUCGCCCUAAGCGGUCCUCGCCGCAGGACGACGGCCACUCACCCGCAGCGCUAAAAGGUGGAUCGGGCGGAAGCACGGUCGUCGGACCCGGCAAGGAGCGGCAGCUCACGUUGCUCGUGGUGGACGACGCGCACACCGACUGGGCCAAGCACUUCCGCGGCCGCAAGGUGCACGGCGAGUGGGACGUGCGCGUCGAGCAAGCCGAAUUCAAGGACCUCAGCAUAUGGGCCAGUUCAGAGGCGGGCGCCACCGUCAGCAUGGCGGCCAUGAGGCAGGGAACCAAGGUGGUCCGCUCGUUCCGGCCGGACAUGGUGCUGGUGCGGCAGCACGUGCGCGACGGCAGCCGCGACAACCGGCCCUUCCUGCUGGGCCUGCGGCUCGGGGGCGUGCCGGCGGUCAACUCGCUGCACAGCCUGUACAACUUCCAGGACAAGCCGUGGGUGUUCGCCCAGCUGCAGGGCGCCCAGCGGCGCCUGGGCCGCGAACAGUUUCCCCUCGUGGAGCAGAGCUUCUUCCCCAACCACGCCGACAUGCUGGCGGCGUCCAAGUUUCCCUGCGUGGUGAAGGUGGGCCACGCGCACGGCGGACUGGGCAAGGUGCGCGUCCAGAGCCAGCAGGAGCUGCAGGACGUGGCCGGCCUGGUGGCGCUCGCGGGCGACUACUGCGUCGUCGAACCGUUCGUCGAGGCCAAGUGCGACCUGCACAUCCAGAAGAUCGGCUCCGCCUACAAGUGCUUUGUGCGCAAGAGCAUCAGCGGACACUGGAAGGCCAACGUGGGAUCGGCCAUGCUCGAGCAGGUUCCCCUUGCCGACCGGCACCGGCUGUGGGUGGACACGGUGUCCGAGCUGUUCGGCGGCCUCGACAUCUGCGCCGUCGAGGUCAUACAGGCCAAGGACGGCAGGGAGUUCAUCACCGAGGCCAACGACUCGGCCAUGCAGCUACUGGGCGAGAGCCAGGAGGAAGACCGGCGCUUCAUCGCUGACUUGGUGCUCCAGCGGAUGCAGCAGUACUGCCGGCCGCCGCCCCAGCAGAUGGGCGGCGGCGCUGCGCCCGUACCCGUACCCGCCGCAGCAGUACCCGCCGCGGUGCCCCCUGCAGCAGCAGCAGCAGCAGCCGCCACACAGGAACCGCGGGCCGCCAACACGCGGCCACGGCGGGAGAGCCAGACGAGCGAGAAGGGCGAGGACCCGGACGACACCAUGAGGAACCUGCGCAAGACCUUCGCCGGUGUUUUCGGAGACAUGUAGGGUGGAUACAGACGACACAACGCGUCCCCCUCGCCGCCGCCGCCGCAGCAGCAGCAGCAGCAGCAGCAGCAGCAGCAGCAGCAGCAGCAGCAGCAGACGGCGCACAUCUCCAGCAAGCAAGCAGGCACAGGGGGCGCAACCCGCUUAGCCGUAGCUCAUCGUGUACUAGAAAAUGCUGCAGGGCAACCUCGAUGAUGACGCCGAGUCCCCACGGGGCGACGGCGAGCAAAAAGAGACGCGCUAGCCCGUCACGCACCGAGGUCCCUCCGAGAGCCCAGACUCGCCUCACUGUCGUGGGAAACAUCGCGCUUAGGCCGGGCAAAAAGCAUUCCCUCGCCGUUGAGCCUAGUGGGGAAAAUCACGAAUCGACGAUACCUUUUGUGUCUUACGAGAGCCUUUCUUCAACACCGCCUUCCGAUUUUUGAAAAAAAAAAUAGAAUGAAUAAGAUAUCGUACGCAACGUGCCACCGAUUGCGCACCUACCGAAUGCGACCGAACACGAGCAGACAUAAUAAGGGAAGGCGGGCGCAUGCCGCGGAAACCUUGGUUACCUUAGGUUUCGCACACCGCCAGGGUGAAAGUGACAGUGGCGCAGCCAGAAAUUUUUCCCGGGGGGAGGCACCAAUAUCACCGGGGACGGAGAGGGUAAGGCAAAAUGAGGGGCGUGGGGAGUGUCCGGUGUGACACUGCCUGGCUCCAAUACUGGAAAGUGGCAGUGUUAUUGUCAGAAGAUUUGUGCGAGCGCUAUGUCAGCGUCAUGACACGAAGUCUAUAGUUGCGUUUAACCAACGGAUCCGUCCUCCAUUCGGCAAGCCUUCGUUUUACUGAUGUGUGGUGCUUUCUUCUGCGGCCUUACGUUAGCCGCCGUAACGCGAAUGAUGAACCCAGCAAGCCCAAACAGUAGCACUAUCUGAAUUUGUUUCCGACAAUCAGCUACAGGCACGCCUAGAAGGCCUUGGAAGAGCACAUCCGGUCAGAAGGCCCUUGGAAACUGCGUAACUUAACCACGUAUGUUUGGUUACGUUGGUUGAGCGAAUGAACACUUGUAUUUUAGGAAGAUGAUGUCACACUGGAAGGUCAGGCCAUGGAAACGCGCGAGCAAUCUGAUUUACACAGUCUACUUCCGUUAAUUAAACCUUUGUGGGACCCCAAGGGUCGGUCGAAUUAACAAACGGCGGCAAAAUGAACUAAUUCAAUUUUUUUUAAUACCAAAGCGUCAAAUGACUCAC